ACAGCGCGUGUGUUCGGAGUGUUCCACAGUGACGCGGCCGCACCGGUUCCGAGGCAACUUCAGUAAUCGGUAGCUGAAGAAAAUGGACAUCAGAGGUGCUGUAGAUGCUGCAGUUCCUACUAACAUUAUUGCGGCAAAAGCUGCUGAGUUCGAGCAAAAUAAGGUUAACUGGCAGUCUUACCUUCAAGGCCAGAUGAUUUCCAGUGAAGAUUGUGAGUUCAUUAAAAAGUUUGAAGCUGCUCGUACAGAAGAUAAACAGCGGAUUUUGGAUAAUGAGGGUCACCAGUGUGCCAAAACCUUUUUGAAUUUAAUGACCCACAUUUCCAAGGAGCAAACUGUGCAGUACAUUCUGACAAUGAUUGAUGACAUGUUGCAGGAAAACCACCAGCGAGUCAACAUUUUUUUUGAUUAUGCCAAAAAAACUAAGAACACUGCCUGGUCCUAUUUCUUACCAAUGUUAAAUCGACAGGAUCUAUUUACUGUUCAUAUGGCAGCAAGAAUCAUAGCAAAGCUGGCUGCUUGGGGCCGUGAAUUGAUGGAAGGAAGUGAUCUGAACUAUUAUUUCAAUUGGAUUAAAACUCAACUGAGUUCCCAGAAGUUGCGUGCUGUAGGGUCUGAAGCAGGAACUGUUUCUCCCAGUGAGAGUUCACAGUAUGUGCAAUGUGUGGCAGGUUGUCUACAGCUGAUGCUAAGAGUUAACGAAUACCGUUUUGCCUGGGUAGAAGCUGAUGGGGUGAACUGCAUUAUAGCUGUUAUAAACAAUAAAUGUGGCUUCCAGUUACAGUAUCAGAUGAUCUUCUCCUUCUGGUUAUUGGCCUUUAGUCCACAAUUAUGUGAACAUCUGCGCAGACUGAAUAUUGUCCCAGCUUUAUCCGAUAUUCUUCAGGAAUCUGUGAAAGAGAAAGUAACCAGGAUCAUCCUGGCAACAUUUAGGAAUCUUCUGGAAAAAUCUGCAGAAAGAGAAACACAUCAGGAAUAUGCACUUGCAAUGAUUCAGUGCAAAGUCCUUAAACAGCUGGAGAACCUUGAGCAGCAGAAAUACGAUGAUGAAGACAUUGCUGAUGACAUCAAAUUUCUUUUGGAAAAGCUUGGAGAAAGUGUCCAAGAUCUUAGCUCCUUUGAUGAAUAUAGCUCUGAACUGAAGUCAGGACGUCUGGAGUGGAGCCCUGUUCACAAAUCAGAAAAAUUCUGGCGAGAAAAUGCUGCAAGAUUGAAUGAGAAAAAUUAUGAAUUGCUGAAGAUUCUAACAAGGCUUUUGGAAGUGUCUGAUGACCCUCAAGUCUUAGCUGUGGCUGCACACGAUGUUGGUGAAUAUGUACGUCAUUACCCUCGGGGAAAGCGUGUAAUUGAGCAGCUUGGAGGCAAACAACUUGUUAUGAACCAUAUGCAUCAUGAAGAUCAGCAAGUACGGUACAAUGCUCUUUUGGCCGUACAGAAACUGAUGGUCCACAACUGGGAAUAUCUUGGAAAACAACUACAGUCAGAGCAACCCCCAACUGUUACCACAAGAAGCUGAAUUUUAACAAAACGUCUGCAAUCUGUGUUGGAAAGUGUGCUUUCUUUCUUUGUUUAUGAUAUCAGGAAUUGUUUCUCUGGAUGUGUUGAACUAAAGAUAUAAUAUAAUGUUAAUGGAUAGUGCUGUUUAUUUGUCGACAUGCUGCAUUUCUUUAAAAUGUAAUGUAUUUAGCAAAAUAGUUCAUAGAUCCUGAUGAAAUAAAAUGUCUUGCUGUAUUUGGCAGAAAUGCAUUGAGUAACCUGAGGACCUGUUGUUUGAAUUAGUUCACUGCUAUGAUUUCAGAAUGUUUUCAGUAAAAACUGCACUUCAUAGUGUCAGGUUAUCUGCUGUAUAUCAAUGUAUGGUGCUGUCUGUAUCUUGAUGAUUAUCACAGAUUUCAAUAUAGUGAAAUUAUUAAUCAA